AUGCAGACGUGCCCCAACUGUGGUAUUGACGUGCUGAAUAUCCCCAAAACUACAGAUCUUUCACCUAUCGCCUCCCUCCUUACCACCAACAAUCCUCCGGAGCCGCAAGAUGAAGCCAUAGCCAGUGAGCUCAUUGCAUCUUCUGCAGCGUGGAUCGUACAGAUUGAUGGGCUAAUCACUCAAGUGCACCAUAUCCUUGACGGCUUGAUCUCUUGUCGCGCAGAAUACGAAUACCACUCACAUCUACACAAGAACGUUAUCCGUAACAUCCGUCGCAUCCCAGCCGAGAUCUUGGUGGAGAUCUUCCUCCAGACCAUCAUCGACAGCGAUCCGAAUGACAUAUGGGCAGUAAUCAAAGUUUGUCGGCACUGGCGCGAGGUUGCACUCGCUGCACCAACACUUUGGUCCAUCUUUCCUUUCAACCCGUCCAUAUUACCCACCGCCAUCCUAUCAUGCCUCUCGAGGUCACUCCAGCUCUCGCGUCCAGCUCCCUUGAAUCUGAGCAUCUCAGGUAAACCAUCCUAUCCAAUCUGUCCACUUCAAUUCUUCAUAUCCCCUGACUCAAAGCAGAUUACCGGCCUCACCGUUCACGAUCCUCUGCACUCCAGCCAAUCAAAGUUGUUUUGGUCCUCAAAUCCCCUACUCGUGCAGUGGGAUUCUCUCAGGUCUCUUAAGCUACAAUUCCCAAGUGCUGAACCUCUGGGAGCUGUCCCGAUUACCGUAUUUCAACAUGCGCCUCUUCUCCAAGACGUCGACUUGAACUUCACUGACCGACAGAACAUUUCCUCCAUUAUGAGCAAUGUCCUUCUCCCUUGGUCUCAACUAUGCAAGUUAUCCAUCUCAAAUACUGCCCUCGAUGGUGUCUUCACUAUCCUUCAGGUAGCGCCGGAACUAGAAGAAUGCCACAUAGAGUCGACUGAUAGAUCUAUGCCUUCCAACAUUCCUACUCUCUCCCACCAAUUUUUGAUGAUGCUUCAUGUUACUGUGUGGAAUACAGAGGUCACACAUGGAAUCUUUCACCACCUCACCCUACCAUCACUUCGCAAACUCUCUGUGGAUGGAUGCGCUCUGGACAUCAGUGUCAUUUGCGCCCUCAUCAAACGGUCAUCUUGCAGACUCACCUUUCUAAAUCUCCCCACAGCCAAUCCCCUCAUGGCCGAUGACUCUCCGAGUCUCCAGCACCUCUUCUCACUUCUCCCAGAUGUGACCGAACUCUGCAUUUAUAUUUCUUUAGCAUCCUUUGACCGAAUUGGGGCCAGGUUAGCACCUAUGCUCCUCCCCCAGUUGCGCCAUCUCUGUCUCGAAGGGACCGGUUCCAGUAAAAGGUGUGAUCUGGCAGCCCUUCGCAAUAUUGCGUACACAAAUGUUCUGCCUCUUGAAACAAUCAUAUUCACCACUGAGGGGAGGCCCUUGUAUGAAUUGAUUCCUCAUUCACCAAAUUACAAAGACCCCCAGAUCCGAAUCCUCCAUCAGUGGAACUGUCAGCUGGUGGAGCUGACUCGUUCUAUUCACGACGUUGGUGCCAUGAAGGACGACAGUGCGUUUCACCGCGAUCUGAGCCGUAUAUUGUCGCUUAUGAGUAGUGAAUCUGAGACGGGUAUGUCUGGUGAAUAUUUAUGCCACAAGACUGGCCGGGGCGUCUUCUCCAGGCUUCAAGGGCUGUUGGAGCAAGUACCAGAGAGCCUCCACCUGUGUAUUUCCGCGAUUCUGGCUCUGUGGUUACCACGCAUUCAGGAAUAUAAAUCAUACAGGUGGAUGGAGAACUCCCUGGCGAGGACUACAGUAUAUACACGACGACAGGGCUCACUGUACGUCAAGGUUCGGGAUCGGGAGAAGGACCGCUUUGCUUCAUUUGGCCUGAAAGAUGGGCACCUUACUCUACCGCUCAGAUACUAUGGUUGA